GACGAGGCUACUCCCCAUUCGUAUUUCAGUCUUGCAAACCCACCUUUCAAAUGCGGCCAUGACCCACCUUUCCACUCCCCCUUUUUCGGCUAAACACAUAAAUAAGUGGAUGCUAUCAACAUCCUUUAAUUUCUCUAAUGUUUAAGGCCAUUUCGAAGUAGAAGUGGUCCUUGAAAAGCAAGUGUGCGUCCUGCAGCAGAACAUACAUAGCCAUGGCCGUCGACACCCCACUCCUGCAGGGCGACGGUGGUACUGAUGAUAUUCAGGAGGCAAAGCCAGCAAGUUUUUUCAGGGGAUUCGCAUUCGAGUCGAGGAAGCUGUGGCAACUGGCUGGCCCCGCAAUCUUCACCGCUUUGUGUCAGUACUCCCUUGGUGCUCUCACCCAGACAUUUGCCGGUCAACUUACCGAGCUCGAUCUCGCCGCCGUUGCCGUGGAAAACUCCGUCAUCGCUGGUUUUGCCUUUGGCGUCAUGUUGGGUAUGGGGAGCGCAUUGGAGACGCUGUGUGGACAAGCAUUCGGGGCGGGGCAGUACAGAAUGUUGGGGGUAUACAUGCAAAGAUCGUGGGUGAUCCUGUUGUCCACAGCCACGUUAUUGGUGCCUAUUUAUGUUUGGUCACCCCCCAUAUUGGAGCUCUUUGGAGAGACUACGGAGAUCUCCGAAGCUGCUGGCAAGUUUGCUCUGUGGAUGCUCCCGCAGCUGUAUGCCUAUGCUAUGAAUUUUCCAAUCCAAAAAUUCUUACAGGCACAGAGGAAAGUGUUUGUGAUGGCAUGGAUAUCGGCGGUUGUUUUGGUGCUACACGCAUUUUUUAGUUGGUUUCUCAUGUUGAAAGCGGGAUGGGGCCUAACCGGAGCAGCAAUUGUUCUUAACUUAUCUUGGUGGCUCAUUGUCAUUGGCCAACUGUUGUAUAUUUUCAUCACCACAUCUGACGGUGCUUGGAGUGGAUUCUCCUGGCUAGCUUUUGCAGACUUGUUUGGCUUUGUCAAACUUUCUUUGGCUUCAGCUGUUAUGCUAUGCUUGGAGUUUUGGUACUUGAUGAUACUAGUGGUUAUAACUGGGCGUUUGAAAAACCCUCUGAUACCUGUUGAUGCCAUAUCUAUCUGCAUGAAUUUAAAUGGUUGGGAUGCUAUGAUUGCGAUUGGGUUCAAUGCUGCAAUAAGUGUGAGAGUUUCAAAUGAACUUGGAGCUGGUAAUUUCCAAGCUGCCAAAUUUGCAGUGCUUGUGGUCUCCAUCACAUCCGUGUCCAUAGGAGUUGUUGCCAUGGCAGUUGUGCUUGCUACGAGGGAUUACUUUCCUUACCUCUUUACAAGCAGUGUUGCAGUUGCCAAGGAAACAACUAAGCUUGCUAGCUUACUUGCGGUCACAGUACUUCUUAACAGUCUUCAACCUGUGUUAUCUGGCGUUGCUGUUGGAGCUGGCUGGCAAGCUAUGGUGGCAUACAUCAAUAUUGGAUGCUAUUACCUUGUUGGAUUACCUGCAGGAAUAGUCUUGGGAUUUGUAUUCCAUUUCAGAGCUGAGGGUAUUUGGUCGGGAAUGAUAGGAGGCAUAGUUCUGCAGACUAUAAUCCUUGUAGUUAUCACUUUAAUAACCAACUGGAGAAGAGAAGUGAGUGUUAUUCAUAUCUCCUUUUUAGCUAGUAAAUUCUGUGUGAUUUUGAACUCGAUUUUGAGAGUGUCAUUAAUUUAUUGCUCUGAGAAGCACAGCAAUCUUAGGAGAAGUUUAAAUUCAAUCCUAGAAUCUCUUCGGAUGUACUACUUCCGGUUUUAAACAUAAGAGCUAAUUUGAAGUGUAAGGAGAAGUUCGACUCCUAGAAUGUACUGCUUCCGGUUUUAGCUAAUUUUUAAUAUAAAUUAUAUUAUAAACUAAAUCUUAUGUUUAAGAAUAGAGAUGGUAAUUUGGUUCAGACAGGUCUGGGGAAUAAUGGAGAGGUAGGAGUUCUGUUUUUAUAUUUUUUUAAGCUUAAACAAUUGUUGAAUUUGUCUAGCAAUGUACGAUGUUUAAUCCAUCUUCAAUAAAGAUCAGUUCAUUUAAA